AAAGGAUUAAAGCGUUUUGACACACAUCAUCGUUUAUUAGGUGUCAGUGUGGAUAUAUAUAACGCUGUCUGAGUGUAGUACUUCAAAACAAAAGGGUUUUCCAUUUCGCUAACACGAUGCAGUCGAGUAACCCUUGUGCCUUGAGACUCGUCAAUUUGGACGGUACCCGAAAAAUAACCACAGAUCUCCAAGUACUGCAAGAACUCUUCCUGCAACCACAAAUCAAAGAUAAGCAAGUUUGCGUGGUGUCAAUAACUGGGACUUUUCGUCAAGGCAAAUCAUUUUUGUUGAACUUCCUCCUGCGGUACUUAGAUCUGAAGUAUAAGAAAAAAAUCUCAGUGGACAAAAACUGGCUGAGCGUGGGUGACAGCAAACUCACAGGUUUUGAGUGGAGAAGUGGCAAGGAAAGACACACAGUGGGGAUUCUAAUUUGGUCCGAAAUCUUCCUAGCGGAACUACCUUCAGGAGAAGAGAUUGCCAUCAUCUUGCUAGACACUCAAGGUACUUUCGACAACAAAACCACCAAGCAACACUGCGCUGCCGUUUUCGCCAUCAGUACCCUCAUCAGCUCGGUACAAAUCUACAACCUCAAAAACCAAAUCAGUCAGUCGGAUCUGGAACACAUGGAGUGCUUUUCAGGCUACGGUCAGCUGAUUGCGGGCCAGAACUCUUCAGAAGCGCCGUUCCAGAAUGUGUGUUUUCUGAUAAGAGACUGGCAGUGCCCUUACGAAAACCCCUACGGGGUAAGAGGAGGCCGGAACUACCUAGAAGAGUUUCUAGACGCACCUGGACAACCCCACGAGCUAAGAAAACAAAACGCCAACAUUCGAAGUUUGUUCAAAAAAAUAAACUGCUUUCUUUUGCCGCACCCUGGAAAGAAGGUGGCCACGGAAAUAUCUUUCCGAGGUGAACUUCAAGACGUCAGCAGCGAGUUUGUAGAGUCGGUCGAAGAACUAGCCCCCUUUCUUCUAUCUCCUGAGAAUCUAGUACCGAAAACUGUCAACGGUCAGAGGAUAAAAGUCGGCGAUUUGGUUCACUUUGUGCAAAGUUACUGUGAACAUUUCAUGACUGGAGAUCUGCCGAAACUGGAAUCGAUGUUCCUGGCGACGUCUGCUGCUCACCACAGCGCCGUUUUGGCAGAAGCAGAAAGUCAGUAUAAGGCGUCAAUGAAUUCUUUAGUGGAGCAAGCAGAAGCCUUGGAAGAAAUCCAUCUAGAAGCUCAGCACAAACUUCUGAAAGCAGAAGCUGUUAAGUUUUUCCAAAGCAAGAACAUGAUGGGUGAUGACGAAAUGAAGAAAACGUGCGAGGCGAAACUCAGUCAAAGCAUAGAGAACAGUUUUGUUGAGUAUAGAAAAGUGAACUCUAUGAAACUAGAGAAAGAACGACAAAGGAGAGAAUUUGGGGAAAAAUUGAAGAAAACUGAGAAUGAGUUUCACAAUAAGUUUGAGCAACAAAGGGAAAAAUAUGAUAAUAUUGUGGAGCAACAGCAAUCUGUUAUUUCGGAGGCGCAGAAAGCACAAAGUGAACUUCAAAAUAAUGUGAAAGACUUGCAAAAUCAGAUCGAUGAUUUACAAAGAAAUGAAGGAGACCCGAUACUGAAGGGAAUUGCUGAGAUUGUACAGGGUGCUACAAAUGUCGUUGCAGGAGUGGUGACAUCGCCAUUUAGACGCUUAUUUAAGUAAUAUGUGGCACAUAAUAAACAAGCACUGUUGUAAUUUU